AUGGCCCAGCAAAUAAGAUAUCUUCUUCCAUUUUUCGUUUUCAUGCUCUCUUUCAUUUCAUGUUAUAGCACUUUGCAAAAGGACCCACGGUUUAAGGACGUGAUCAAGCAAAGCACUCAUGUCUUACGUUUGAAAAGGUUUGAUAGAAUAUUGGGUACCAUUUCUACCUCGGGUAAAACAAUUAAUGUCAAUGACUAUGGAGCUAAAGGUGAUGGUACUGAUGACACAGAGGCAUUUAAGAAGGCUUGGGAGGUAGCUUGUUCAACCCAAGGAGCUAUUCUCGUGGUGCCUCAGAAAACCUAUCGUCUUAAGCCAAUUAGAUUCUUAGGUCCUUGUAAAUCUGAUCUUAAAGUGCAGAUUUCUGGAACCUUGGAAGCAUCUAAUGAUCGAUCGGACUACAGCCAAGAUGGUAGACACUGGCUACUCUUCGAUAGUGUUCAAAAUUUAAUAGUUGACGGUGGUGGAACCAUCAAUGGCAACGGGAAGAUAUGGUGGCAAAACUCUUGCAAAGUCAAUAAAGCUCUGCCUUGCACGCAUGCACCAACGGCUCUGACCUUCUAUAAGUGUAAGUAUUUGACCGUGAAUAAUUUGAAGAUCCAAGAAGCGCAACAAAUUCACACCUCUUUCGAAAAAUGCAUGAAUGUUCAAGCUUCUUUGUUGACUAUAACUGCUCCAAAGGAUAGCCCCAACACUGAUGGAAUUCAUGUCGCUGACACUCAAGACAUCCAAAUUUCAAGCUGUAAUAUAGGAACAGGUGAUGAUUGUAUUUCAAUUGCAAGUGGAUCCCAGAACGUGCAAGCCAGAGACAUAACCUGUGGACCUGGUCAUGGAAUUAGUAUUGGAAGCUUAGGAUCUGGAAAUUCGGAAUCUUAUGUUUCUGGAGUAACCAUAAAUGGAGCUAAGUUGUAUGGAACCACAAAUGGUGUGAGGAUUAAGACAUGGCAGGGAGGGUCAGGAAGUGCAAGCAACAUCAAAUUUCAGAAUGUUGAAAUGCAUAAUGUUGCCAACCCUAUAAUAAUAGACCAAAAUUACUGUGACCAAGACAAACCAUGCGGCGAACAGAAAUCUGCAGUUCAGGUGAAAAAUGUGCUUUACCAAAACAUUCAUGGGAUUAGCGCUUCUGAUGUUGCCAUUGAAUUCAACUGCAGCAAUAGCUUUCCAUGUCAGGAGAUUUUUUUGCAAAGCAUUAACUUGGAAGCUGAAAAAGGGAAAAAAACCAAAGCUUUAUGCAAUAAUGUGCAAUCGACUGACACAGGAAUUGUUUCCCCUCACUGCCCUUGAGAGGGGAACUUUACAUUGACUUUGUAGUUAUAAAU